CGUCGCCUCCGAGUGGUGUAGAGAGGGGCGGUGGGGAGAACAGAGGCGCUAACCAAAAUGGCAACUAUGAAAACACUAAGUUUAGUAUCUGGCUCAGGAUUUAAGGGCUUAAGAAGAAGACUUGGGAUUGAUUUAAGCACGAAGACUCUUCCAGCAAUAAAUUCUGUACCAGUCAGAUAUGCACGAUUUAAGUCCAGUCCUUUAGUAAGUUCGGAUCCCAGCAAAUACACUGGCUUUGAAAUCUCUCGAAACCCUGAGGAAUGGAAAUUUGUCCAAGAUUUAUUGCCGGAGCCAGUGAUAAAGACUCCUUCAGUGAAGCCCCAGUACACCUCAGGCUGGAAACCUCAAAACCCUCCCGCCGACGCACCCUACUUCAUACAGCGCACCGCCAACCACAUGCUGCCCGUGUACCGAGUGCAGGGCGGUCCCGACAAGAUGACGAUCCGCACCAAAGUCCGCUACGUGCAGGGCGACAUUUGGGCCCUGGAUGAGGAGCUGCGCGCCGUGGUGAGCCGCGCCUACCCCAAGGAGAUCUUCAAGACCCAGGUCAACGAGAUUGCUGGCCUCAUCAUCUUCAGGGGGGACUACGCCAGCGUCAUCAAGGAGUACCUUUUGUCCAAGGGGUGGUGAGGUGGUGGGCCGCAGCUCCGAGGGAAGCCCCAGCUCGCCCCGCCGGCCGCGCCCGCCUCACCCGGCCGCGUAUCGACGUGGAGACUUGGCUGCCGAGUAUUGGACUAUAGGGCAGAGGGCUAACGGUCCCGUGUGCGAGCUGGUUCUUGGAGGCCAAGCUGAUCUUGUUAUUUGUAUAUAUUCCAGUGAUGUCUCGCCUAUGCCAUGCUGUAGGUAAAUGUGAUAGUUUAAAAUAAAAAAAUUGCCCCUGUUUCUAUCGAACCCUCA